AUGGAAACCGACGAAGCUCGUGCUGAUAUCUUUGAUAGCGAGCGACAGUUGACCUUAUUCGCGACGUCGCGAGUGUCAUCUGGCGGGCGCACGGGGCGGCACUGCAUGUGCCUGGUACGCGCCUUUAAAAGCUCGUAUGUUGUAAAGUCUCUUAAAUUAAAACCAGAGAAAUGGUUGCGAGUAUUGAGUAUAGAGGAACACAGGUCAACGCUGAAAGAGUUCUUGGAUAAGCCUUAUCCCAUUCUUCUGGUUAUAGUUUUGACACAUUCGGCUCAACUUGUUCCAUUAAUAUCAUUUCCUUGUUAUCUGAAAAAUAAAGCCGUUUAUUUUGUUAAAAAGCGACCUGAUGUCGUGCCUAAGGAACGUUGUGCUGAAAUGGUGAUAUUCGGUGAUCUAGCACCAAGAUUGAUCGACGAAUUGGCCGCUUUAGUCGACGAAGUAUUCGUUCCUCUUCUGUCGAAUCCUCUGAACCAUGAAGGGUGGCCACUCGUCGUGUCUCAAGACAUUCUUAAGCAAAUACAUAACCUUAAAAGUACAGUUUAUGAGGUCAAAGGAAAAGUAAAUGGACAGACAGUUUUACCAAUGCCUGUAGGAGUUGAAUUAGUUUACGAGGCAGAGAAAGGCUUAUUACGGGGUGAAGAAGUAGACCUUUACCUAAAAAGUGCAAUAGAAGGAGUGGUUAUUAAGUGGGCUCAACAGAUCAACGAUGUAAUGAUGGAGGAUUCGUCUCAAGCUUUCGAGAACGGACAAAACCCACUGCCUAGUGUUGCUUUAGCCGAAGCACGUGAAAUUGAUUUAUAUUUGCAUACAUUAGAGAAGCAUUUUCAAGCAUUAGAAGACACAGAUUUUACAGAAUGUCAGCCUCUAUUUCGUCCCCUCUUUCACGUAAUUUGCAUGGUGUGGAGAGACUCCAAGUAUUAUUGUAGUUCGUCGAAACUCAUGGUUUUGAUAAAACAAAUAAGUAAUUUACUUAUUUAUCAGGCAAAGAAAUGUUUAGAUCCGAGCACAUUAUUUCACAGCGACAUUGACGAAGCGAGGCAACGCAUUCAACUUACAAUUGAUAUACUCAAAAAUUUCCGGAGUACUUUCGAGUUUUUUAAGGAGAGGUUGCCCACUUAUUUUGUCGAUAGAGCUGUCAUCCCAUGGACGUUCCAUCCUAACGUAGUAUUCGAGAGGAUGAAUAAGUUUCUGGAUAGAUUGAAUACGAUUCAAUGGUUUUUCAAAACAGUACUCGAAUUUCAAAAAUUGGAAAAAAUUGAAAUUGGCGGAAUGAAAGGUCGAGUACUCGGAGGUCAAAUAAGAGAUAUUUCUGCGGAAUUCGAUGGAUUUUUCCAUAGUUUCGCUUCAAAAUCGUAUGAUGUUCUGGAUCCUGAUGAUGAAACGUUUAACGAUGAUUUCAAAGCCUUCCAAGAAAACAUUAUUGAUUUAGAUUUAAAGUUAUCAACAGUCUUAGUAGAAUCAUUCGAUAAUUGUUCCACUUUGGAGGGUAUAUUUAAGUUGAUCGAUAUAGUAGGAUCAGUUUUAGAUCGACCACUUAUUAAAAAUGAGUUCACGGCAAAAUAUGUUGAAAUAAUUGUAAUGCUCGAGGAAGAAAUAAUUGUAUGCGAAGAGCUUUUUGCGGAACAAUGCCAUCGUCAACAAAAAUAUGGUCACAUGGAAAUAGACGCGUUCUUUCCACCGAUUGCAGGAGGACUUCUAUAUAUGACCACACUCGCUGCUAGAAUCACUAAACCAGUUUCCAAUUUCAGGAAUCUCCAGCACCCAAUAAAAAAUUGUGAGGAAGCGAGGAAAAUUUUUAUAAGAUAUGAUAAGUUGAUGGAUGAUAUUAAUGAAUUUAAGAGGAAAUAUUUCAAUGACUGGGCGGUGACAGUUCCAAAAACCAUUGAAAGCAAGUCAAAUAACACCAUACUGGCCCGCCAAGGCUCUGAUUUGAUAUUAAACUUUAGUCCGACGCUUCUUGAAUUGAUGAAAGAGAUUCACCAUCUUCGAAAUAAUCCAGAUGUUCACAAAGAUUUACCACCCGAGAGCUUAGAACUAUUUAAGAAGCAAGAGGUAUAUAGGCAGUAUCGAAUCAAUCUUAAUAAUACUAUAGAUUGGUAUAAUACAAUACGAAAAAAUAGUCAAAAAGUGGAAUUUGAUUUAGUUGAAGACGAAAUAAAAGCGAUCGAUCAAAGAAUUGAUAAGGGACAGAAUGAGCUAAACUGGAAUUCUAAAGACUUAUGGAAUUAUCUAGAAGAACUGAAUACUUUAGUUGGCAGUUUAUUUCAGCGCAUGUCAAAAAUACAAGAUAAUUUAAAAGAAAUGAAAAUCAUUAUGAAAACUUGGGCAUCGCAACCAUUAUUUGAAAGAAAAGAGGGUAAAAAGGAUACAUUAUUAAAUCUAGAUGAUUGGCAAGAACGCACAAAUAAGCGUUACAGCGAAAUUAAAGAAACAGCAGAUCGCAUUAAUGUACUUCUGAAAGAAAACAUGGAAUUAUUUAAUAUGCAAGAUAAUCAAGACAGUGAGAUAUGGCUUUCUUAUAUCGCCUUCAUAGAUGGUUUGAUUGAAGAAACUUUGUUCAAAUCAAUAGCUUGCAGUUUGGGUUACAUAUCUGAACACAUGAAUCCCAAAAAUAAAUUAGCCCCUUUAUUCGAAGCACAGUUGGAACUUCUUGAACCUGAUAUGGUUUUUUGCCCAAGCUUAGAUCCAAAUGAAGAGAAAGGUUUCUCAGCCAUGAUAAGUAAUUUGAUUGAAGACAUACUCAGAAUGUCGACAUUCAUUACAAGGAUUGAUCCGAUGAAAAGUGAUUCAUAUGAAGCACAAAUUAUAAGCCAGUGCGACAUAAAUGAAAUGAAAGAAGAUAUAUUGAAUGGGAUCGAAAGAGUAGUAGAAGAAGCCAAUGAUUUUUGCAAGACAUUCGAAAACUAUUCGUAUUUGUGGUUAGAAGAGAGAGAUGCUGUCAUGGAAAUAUUUCUAACUUAUGGAAGAAUACUUAAUCCCGAUGAAAUAGAUAGGAUCGGUUCUGAAGACAAGGAAGUCGUUCAACCUGUACCAUGUCCACCAAAAAUGGAAGCUUUUAGGGAACAAAUCGAUCAAUAUGAAAACUUGUUUAUGGAUAUAGAAGAUAUGGAUUCUUACAAAGUCUUUAAUUCAUGGUUUCAGGUUGAUAUAAGACCAUUUCGACAAGCUCUGUUAAACACAGUCCGUAAAUGGGGAAACAUGUACAAGGAACACUUAGUAGAAAAUGUCACAUCUAGUCUUAGCGAUUUGGGAAAUUUUAUUCGAAAAGCUGAUGAAGGUCUUUUGCAACCAGUUCCUGAAGGAGAUUAUGAAGCAUUAGUUUCUGUAAUGGCUUAUUUGAUGCACGUCAAAGAUCGCGCUUUAACAACUGAUGAUAUGUUUCAACCGUUAACGGAAACAAUUGAACUUUUGAAAUUUUACGAUAUGGAUAUACCAGAAGAAGUCAACGUGCUAUUACAAGAAUUACCGGAGCAAUGGCAAACAACUAAAAAGCUUGCUAUAACUGUAAAACAACAAGUAGCUCCACUACAAGCAGCAGAAGUGGCAGGAAUAAGAAAAAAAAUAACUACAUUCGACUCUCACGUCACUUAUUAUAGAGAAGUGUUUAAGAAAUAUGAGUUUUUCAAAUAUGAAUGCGACGAUCCAUAUGCGGUUAUGUCACGGGUUGAUAAGGAAAUGCUACAUUUAGAAGACGAAAUGAAGGGUAUACAAGAAUCAGGUUCACUUUUCGAAGUGAACAUUCCAGAGUUUAAACUACUUAAGCAGUGUAGGAAAGAGUUACGAAUGCUUAAGCAACUAUGGGAUUACGUUUAUAUAGUACGAACUAGUAUAGAAGAUUGGAAAACGACACCGUGGCGUAAAAUUGACGUUGAAAAUAUGGAUAUCGAAUGCAAAAAAUUCGCUAAAGAGAUCAGAUUACUAGAUAAAGAGAUGAGAAGUUGGGACACAUAUAUCAACUUGGAAGCUACAGUGAAAAAUAUGUUAACUUCGCUAAGAGCGGUAGCUGAAUUACAAAAUCCUGCUAUCAGAGAAAGACAUUGGGAUCAACUAAUGAGAACCACUAAGAGCUUAGCUGCAUUGCCACCUGAACUCACUGUGAGAAUUGUCAUGGAUGCAAAUACAACGUUAGCGGAUUUGUUAGCUUUAAAUCUUCACGAAUUUGAGGAAGAAGUUAAAAAUAUUGUCGAUAAAGCAGUUAAAGAAAUGUCAAUGGAGAAAAUAUUAAAAGAUUUGCAUACAACUUGGAGUGGGAUGGAAUUUGAACAAGAGAUACAUACGAGAACUGGUUGUGUAUUAUUAAGAGCUAGCGAAGAACUUAUAGAAACUUUAGAAGAAAAUCAGGUUCAAUUACAAAAUUUGAUUACAUCUAAAUUUAUCGCUCAUUUCCUAGAAGAAGUAUCUGGUUGGCAGCAAAAGUUGUCAAUUGCAGAUCAAGUUAUAACAGUAUGGUUUGAAGUACAAAGAACAUGGACGCAUCUAGAGAGCAUAUUUAUGAGUUCAGAGGAUAUAAGAAAACAACUGCCAGAAGAUUCAGCUAGAUUUGAUAGAAUAGAUGCGGAAUUUAAAGUUUUGUCGAAAGACAUGGCGAAAACACCAAAUGUCGUAAGAGGAACAAACAAAGAAGGUUUAGUAGCAAUUUUAGACAGCUUACAAAAAGAUCUUGUUAUAUGUGAAAAAGCGUUAGCUGAAUAUUUAGAAACAAAAAGAUUAGCAUUUCCUAGAUUUUAUUUUGUGUCGUCAGCCGAUUUAUUAGAUAUUUUAUCGAAUGGAAAUCAAGCUGAUCUAGUAAUAAGACAUCUGACAAAAUUAUUUGAUUCUAUUGCCAAACUACAGUUUGUAGAAAGUAAUGUACCUGGCGAAAAAACUGCUUCAGGAAUGAUAGCUAAGGAUGGCGAAAUAGUACUAUUUCAUGGUCAAUGCGAUUGUACUGGUGCAGUAGAAAUAUGGCUUAACAGAUUACAAGAUAUAAUGCGAUCUUCUAUUCGUCAUUAUUUCGGGGAAGGAAUCGUGUCAUAUGAAGAGAAAUCUCGAGAACAAUGGCUUUUUGAUUACAUGGCACAAGUGUCUUUAUGCUGUUCUCAAAUUUGGUGGACAUCUGAAGUAAACAUAGCGUUCGGAAGAUUAGAAGAAGGAUAUGACAAUGCUCUUAAGGAUUACUAUAAAAAGCAAUUAUCCCAAUUAAGUACAUUGAUCAGUCUGUUAAUUGGAGAGUUAAGCAAACAAGAUCGUCAAAAAAUCAUGACAAUUUGUACGAUAGAUGUACAUUCUAGAGAUGUGGUUAGCAAAUUAAUUCAAGGGAAAGUCGAAGCAGGAUCAGCAUUUCAAUGGCAGUCUCAACUCAGACACAGAUGGGAUGAAAAAGAAUACCACUGUUUCGCUAAUAUAUGUGAUGCUCAGUUUAAAUACAGCUAUGAGUAUUUAGGAAAUACUCCUAGAUUGGUAAUCACUCCAUUAACUGAUAGAUGCUACAUAACUUUAACUCAGUCCUUACAUUUGAUAAUGGGUGGAGGUCCAGCUGGUCCAGCUGGAACGGGUAAGACAGAAACUACCAAAGAUCUAGGAAGAGCUCUAGGAAUAAUGGUUUAUGUAUUUAACUGUUCUGAGCAAAUGGAUUAUCAGUCUUGUGGUAAUAUUUACAAAGGAUUAGCACAAACUGGUGCUUGGGGAUGUUUUGAUGAAUUCAACAGAAUUUCCGUCGAAGUUCUGUCAGUAGUAGCAGUUCAAGUAAAAUCCGUUCAAGAUGCGAUAAGAGACAAAAAAGAUAAAUUUAACUUUAUGGGGGAAACAAUAGUCUUAGUUCCUUCUGUAGGAAUAUUUAUUACAAUGAAUCCUGGGUAUGCUGGACGAACGGAGUUGCCAGAGAAUUUGAAAGCUCUCUUUAGACCAUGUGCGAUGGUUGUACCAGAUUUUGAAUUAAUUUGUGAGAUAAUGUUAGUGGCUGAAGGAUUUCAAGAUGCAAAAAUUUUGGCUAGAAAGUUUAUAACUUUGUAUACAUUAUGUAAAGAGCUAUUAUCAAAACAAGAUCAUUAUGAUUGGGGAUUAAGAGCAAUUAAAUCUGUAUUGGUCGUUGCUGGCUCUUUAAAGAGAGGUGACCCUGGAAGACCUGAGGAGGAAGUACUGAUGAGAACAUUACGAGAUUUCAAUAUUCCGAAGAUAGUAACAGACGAUAUGCCUGUAUUUAUGGGAUUGAUAGGUGAUUUAUUUCCUGCUCUUGAAGUACCAAGAAAACGUGAUUUGGAAUUCGAAAGGACAGUUAAACAAGCCGCAAUGGAUUUACUCUUACAACCAGAAGACAAUUUUAUUCUAAAAGUGGUUCAAUUAGAAGAAUUACUCGAAGUGCGGCACUCAGUAUUUAUUGUUGGUAAUGCUGGGACUGGUAAAACUCAAGUGUGGAAGACUCUAUUUAAAACGUACCAAAAUCUGAAAAAGAAACCUAUAUAUAAUGAUUUGAAUCCAAAAGCUGUUACUAACGAUGAAUUAUUUGGUAUAAUCAAUCCGGCUACCAGAGAAUGGAAGGAUGGACUAUUUUCAGUUAUAAUGAGAGAUCAAGCUAAUAUCGUCGGUGAGAAUCCGAAGUGGAUACUCUUAGAUGGAGAUAUAGAUCCAAUGUGGAUUGAAUCAUUAAAUACAGUUAUGGAUGACAAUAAAAUAUUAACUUUGGCUAGCAAUGAAAGAAUAGCGCUCACUCCAAGUAUGAGAUUGAUGUUUGAAAUUUCUAAUUUGCGUACGGCCACUCCUGCUACUGUAUCAAGAGCUGGUAUUCUGUAUAUCAAUCCACAAGACUUAGGUUGGAAUCCUUAUGUUACGAGUUGGGUGGAAACAAGAAAAAUACCUGCUGAAAAAUCAAAUCUGGUCAUUCUAUUUGACAAAUACAUUCCACCGUGCUUAGAGAAUAUUAGAAACAGGUUUAAAAAAAUUACGCCAAUUGCUGAUAUGGCGCAUAUACAAAUGCUUUGUCAUUUGUUGAGUUGUUUAUUAGUUCAAGAGAAUACACCGCCAGAUUGUCCAAAAGAUUGGCAUGAUAUAUAUUUCGUAUUUGCUUGUGUCUGGGCCUUUGGAUCUGCUAUGUUUCAAGAUACGAAUAUUGAUUACAGAAUAGAAUUUUCAAAGUGGUGGAUCAAUGAGUUUAAAAAUGUGAAAUUUCCACCUGGAGGAACAGUUUUUGAUUAUUAUAUUGAUCCAGAAACAAAGCAGUUUACGCCUUGGACUGAAAAGAUAAUGAAGUUUGAAUUAGAUUCAGAUAUACCAUUGCAGGCUGUACUUGUUCCAACAGCAGAAACAAUCAGAGUGAGAUAUUUUCUUGAUUUGUUAAUGAAAAAUAAACAUCCGGUAAUGCUUGUUGGAAGUGCUGGAUGUGGCAAAACAGUACUCGUAAAUGAAAAACUUCAGAGCCUUUCGGAAAACUAUGCCAUUCAAUCAAUUCCUUUUAAUUUCUACACUACGUCGGAAAUGUUACAGAAGAUUUUAGAGAAACCUUUGGAGAAAAAAGCUGGCCGCAAUUACGGUCCUCCAGGCAAUAAAACCCUGAUAUAUUUUAUAGAUGAUAUGAACAUGCCUGAAGUAGAUCCUUAUGGGACAGUUCAACCUCAUACAAUAAUUCGACAGCACUUAGAUUACAAUCACUGGUACGACCGUACCAAAUUAACGUUGAAAGAUAUUCAUAAUACUCAAUAUAUAUCUUGCAUGAAUCCGACGUCUGGUAGUUUUACAAUAAACCCAAGAUUACAAAGACAUUUUUGCGUUUUUGCGAUAAGUUUCCCUAAUUCGGAGGCUUUGAACAAUAUCUAUCAUUCGAUUCUGAGCCAACAUUUGAUGAACCCGGAGCUAAGAAUAAGUGGUCAAAUUGCUAAGAUUUCGAAGAACGUGGUGGCAGCAACAAUUGCUUUGCAUAAUAAAGUAUCACAAGUGUUCUUGCCAACGGCCAUUAAGUUCCACUAUAUCUUCAAUUUGAGAGAUUUGUCCAACGUGUUUCAGGGAUUCCUUUUCAGUACAAAUGAAUGCUUGGUUUAUCCAUCGGACCUACUUCGUCUUUGGUUGCACGAAACGCAUAGGGUGUAUGGAGAUAAAUUAACCGAAGAUAAAGAUAUAGAUGCUUUUCUCAAAAUGCAAGUUGAUCUCUGUAAGAAGAAUUUCGAGGACAUAGAUGAAGGCGCAGUGUUUGAGCGUCCAAACAUAUUUUGUCAUUUCGCGGGAGGUAUCGGUGAACCGAAAUAUAUGCCAGUUGCGUCAUGGGAACAGUUAAAUAAGCUCCUUAUUGAAGCUCUUUCCAGCUAUAAUGAUCUUAUUGCAGCUAUGAACCUCGUAUUAUUCGAGGAUGCCAUGAUGCAUAUUUGCAGAAUAAGUCGAAUUCUUGAAAGUCCGAGAGGUAGUGCUCUGCUCGUUGGUGUUGGUGGUUCUGGCAAGCAAUCUUUAUCACGUUUAGCGGCAUUUAUAUCCAGUCUGGAAGUAUUCCAGAUUCAACUAAAGAAAGGUUACGGAGUUUCUGAUUUAAAGCAUGAGCUCUCCGGCUUAUACAUCAAAACUGGUUUAAAGAAUGUUGGAAUAAUGUUUCUCAUGACAGAUGCUCAAGUCGCCAAUGAACAGUUUCUUGUAUUGAUUAAUGAUUUACUAGCUUCUGGCGAAGUUGGCGAUCUUUUCUCCGACGACGAUAUAGAAAAUGUAAUCGGUGGUGUUAGAAAUGAGGUAAAAGGUGCAGGAUUGCAGGACACGCGAGAGAUUUGUUGGAAAUUCUUCAUUGAUCGAGUUCGUAAGCAAUUAAAAGUGGUUCUUUGUUUUUCUCCUGUCGGCUCGACGUUACGAGUCAGAUCCAGAAAGUUUCCAGCUCUAAUCAAUUGCACGUCUAUUAAUUGGUUCCACGAAUGGCCACAAGAAGCCUUAGUUUCAGUAUCAAUGAAGUUCCUGGAGGAAUUACACGUACUUCCGAUAAAUUUGCGAGAUUCAAUCUCGAGGUUCAUGGCUUAUGUACAUACUUCGGUAAACACAAUUUCAAAGGCUUAUCUAAGUAAUGAGAGGCGUUAUAAUUAUACAACGCCCAAGAGUUAUCUAGAGCAAAUUAGCUUAUACGCCAAACUGGUUAAUCAAAAAACUGAUGAACUUCGUGCGAAAAUAUCAAGAUUGGAAAACGGAUUAGAAAAACUUCGUAGUACAGCAUCCCAAGUGGAUGAAUUGAAAGCUAAAUUAGCUCUACAAGAAAUAGAAUUACAACAAAAGAACGAAGCCGCCGAUAAACUGAUAGAAAUGGUAGGCGUUGAAACAGCUAAAGUACAAAGUGAAAAAGCUCUAGCCGAUGAAGAAGAAGAGAAAGUAGCUGUGAUUGCUGAAGAAGUAUCUAAAAAGCAAAAAGAUUGCGAAGAAGAUCUUAUAAAAGCGGAACCGGCUUUGGUAGCUGCUCAAGAAGCUCUAAAUACUCUUAAUAAAGCUAACCUGACUGAACUUAAGUCUUUUGGUUCACCUCCCGGAGCUGUUACAAAUGUUACAGCGGCUGUAAUGGUUUUAUUGGCACCCGGUGGAAAGAUACCGAAGGACAGAAGUUGGAAAUCUGCUAAGAUGAUGAUGGCAAAAGUCGAUGUUUUCUUGGAGGCUCUUAUAAAUUAUGACAAAGAAAAUAUUCAUCCAGACGUCAUUAAGGCUAUACAGCCAUACCUCAAGGAUUCCGAAUUCGAGCCAGAAUUUAUAAGAUCAAAAUCUGCUGCCGCUGCUGGUCUAUGUGCUUGGGUCAUAAAUAUAAUUAAGUUUUAUGAAGUAUUUUGCGAUGUUGAACCGAAGAGAAAAGCAUUAGCCGCAGCUAAUGCGGAAUUGGCAGCUGCUACGGAAAAACUAAAAUCGAUCAAGUCCAAAGUGGCCUCCUUAGAAGAGAAAUUAGCAACGUUAACUGCUGACUUCGAGAAGGCAACAGCAGAGAAAUUAAAAUGUCAACAAGAAGCAGACGCUACAAAUAGAACGAUUCAGUUGGCUAAUCGUUUGGUCAACGGACUCGCCAGCGAAAAUGUUAGAUGGGCAGAAGCUGUGUCCAUAUUUAUGCAGCAAAGCACGACCUUACCAGGCGACGUGCUUCUUGUUUGUGCCUUUAUAUCGUACGUUGGUUGUUUUACUAAAUUGUACCGAUUAGAUUUAUUGCAUAAGAACUGGCUAGUGUUCUUAAAAACCUUAGAGCCGCCAAUUCCGAUAACGGAAGGACUAGACCCGCUAACAAUGUUAACAGAUGACACUAAUAUAGCGAUAUGGCAUAAUGAAGGUUUACCCUCUGACCGUAUGAGCACCGAAAACGCUACUAUACUUUCCAACUCCGAUCGAUGGCCUUUGAUGAUUGAUCCGCAGCUUCAAGGAGUCAAGUGGAUAAAACAAAAGUACGGUGACAUACUAAAGGUAAUUCGUCUUGGGCAAAAGGGUUACCUUGAUACUAUAGAAAAAGCUAUUAUUAAGGGUGAGACGAUACUCCUGGAAAAUAUUGGUGAAACGGUCGAUCCAGUCUUAGACCCAUUGUUGGGUCGAAAUUUAAUAAAAAAAGGAAGGGCUAUUAAAAUUGGGGAUAAAGAAGUUGAAUAUAGUCCUAACUUUAAGUUAAUAUUGCAUACAAAGCUAGCAAAUCCCCAUUACAAGCCGGAAAUGCAAGCCCAGACUACGUUAGUAAAUUUUACUGUUACUCGGGAUGGUCUCGAGGAUCAACUAUUAGCAGAAGUAGUGAAAGCGGAGAGGCCAGAUUUGGAAGAGUUAAAAGCUGAUUUAACAAAACAACAAAACGAAUUCAAAAUACAGUUGAAAAAACUUGAAGAUGAUUUACUGUCUCGUCUAUCGUCAGCAGGUGCAAAUAUUUUAGGCGAUACGGCGUUAAUAGAAAACUUAGAAACUACCAAAAAGACUGCAGCGGAUAUAGAAAAAAAGGUUUCUGAAGCGAAAGUAACAUCGCACCAAAUAGAUCAAGCCCGUGAAUUCUAUCGACCAGCUGCGGCCAGAGCUUCGCUUCUCUAUUUUAUAUUAAAUGACUUAAAUACUAUCAACCCUAUUUAUCAAUUUUCUCUCAAGGCAUUUAGCGUCGUGUUUCAAAAAGCAAUAUCCAAAGCUGAUCCAGCCGAGGAAGUCAGCCAAAGGAUUAAAAAUUUAAUAGAUUGCAUCACGUAUUCAGUAUUUCAGUACACGUCGAGGGGUCUCUUUGAAUGUGACAAGUUAAUAUUUGCAUCUCAGAUGACAUUUCAGAUUCUUCUAAUGAGCGAAGAGGUAUCACCGGCUGAAUUAGAUUUUUUCCUUCGUUUUCCAAUCAAACCUCAUGUAACGAGUCCAGUGGAUUUUUUAUCUAAUCAAAGCUGGGGUGGGAUAUGUUCCUUAGCGAGUAAAGAUGAAUUUAGAAAUCUCGAUAGAGACAUAGAAACUUCUCCGAAAAGAUGGAAGAAAAUUGUAGAAAUGGAAUGCCCCGAGCGUGAAAAGUUCCCACAGGAAUGGAAAAAUAAAACAGCACUUCAAAGAUUGUGUAUGCUUCGGGCAUUACGACCUGAUAGAAUGACGUAUGCUGUUGCAACUUAUAUUGAGGAAAAGAUGGGUGCACGGUAUGUAGAGAACAGAACAGUGGAAUUUAGUAAGUCAUUUGAGGAAACCAGCCCAACGACGCCUAUCUUUUUUAUAUUAUCACCUGGAGUUAAUCCACUUAAGGAUGUCGAAGCUUUGGGAAAAGCCUUGGGCUUUACAGCCGAUACUGGGAAUUUUCAUAACGUUUCAUUGGGUCAAGGGCAGGAGAUAGUAGCUGAGCAAGCAAUGGACGAAUCCCUUAAGAAAGGGCACUGGGUUGUUUUGCAGAAUAUUCAUUUGGUGAAGAAAUGGUUACCUAGCCUUGAGAAGAAGAUGGAGAGUUUCGCAGGCAGGUGUCAUGAUGACUUUAGGUUGUUUAUGUCGGCCGAGCCCGCCGCCACGCCCACCGCGCAUAUCAUACCUCAGGGAAUAUUAGAGUCCAGUAUCAAGAUAACCAAUGAACCGCCUACUGGAAUGCAGGCAAAUUUACACAAGGCACUUGAUAAUUUUAAUCAAGAAACUUUGGAAAUGUGUGGUAAAGAAGCGGAAUUUAAAGCUAUACUCUUUGCUCUAUGUUAUUUUCACGCGGUUGUUGCAGAAAGAAGAAAAUUUGGACCUCAGGGAUGGAAUAAAAUUUAUCCCUUUAACGUUGGUGACCUAACAAUAAGUGUUUUCGUUUUGUACAACUAUUUAGAAGCUAACUCCAAAGUUCCCUGGGAAGAUUUGAGGUAUUUAUUUGGGGAAAUUAUGUAUGGCGGUCAUAUUACAGAUGACUGGGAUAGACGACUUUGUAAUGCAUAUCUUGAGGAGUUGAUGCAACCCGAUUUGGUCGAUGGUGAAUUGCAUCUAGCGCCAGGUUUUCCUGCUCCGCCAAAUACAGACUAUGUGGGGUACCAUCAGUAUAUAGAAGAUGCAAUGCCUCAAGAGUCCCCAUAUUUAUAUGGCCUUCAUCCCAACGCUGAGAUUGGAUUUUUAACGACAACUUCAGAAAAUUUGUUUAGAACUAUUUUUGAGAUGCAACCUAGAGACGCUCAAGCUUCCGGAGCAACAACAGUGACUAGAGAAGACAAGGUUAAACAAAUGCUAGAUGAAGUAAUAGAGAAGCUACCAGAAGAGUUCAACAUGGUUGAGAUAAUGGGGAAAGUGGAGGAGCGAACACCUUACGUCAUAGUUGCGUUCCAGGAAUGUGAGCGUAUGAACUAUUUAACGGGAGAAAUGAAGCGGUCUCUGAGAGAAUUAGAUCUAGGUCUUAAGGGUGAACUAACAAUUACCUCUGAUAUGGAAGAGUUGGAAAAUGCUCUGUUUUUGGAUCAGGUACCUGCGAUAUGGGGUAACAGGGCUUACCCGUCACUGCUGGGACUCUCAGCUUGGUUUGUAGAUUUGCUACUCCGUCUGCGUGAGUUGGAGACUUGGGCUACGGAUUUUGUUCUGCCGACAUCAGUGUGGUUGGGUGGGUUCUUCAACCCACAAAGUCUGUUGACCGCAAUAAUGCAGAGUACUGCGCGUCGCUACGAGUUGCCGCUGGACAAGAUGUGUCUACAGUGUGAUGUUACCAAAAAAAUGAAAGAAGAUUUCACCAUAGCAGAUUCCCGUUCAGCUCCACGAGAUGGUGCAUACGUGCACGGCCUUCUAAUGGAAGGCGCUAGAUGGGAUUUGCACGCCGGCAUCAUAAUGGACUCGCGUUUGAAGGAUCUCUUCCCCCCUAUGCCAGUCAUCAAUGUUAGGGCUAUUACACAAGACAAACAGGACCUGCGUAAUAUGUACGAGUGCCCCGUGUACAAGACCCGCACGCGGGGACCCACUUACGUGUGGACCUUCAAUUUAAAGACCAAGGAUAAACCAUCCAAGUGGACAUUAGCUGGAGUCGCUUUGUUGUUGCAGACCUGAAUUUUUA